AUGGACUCGUUGAAAAAUAAAUAUGGUGAACAUUUUGAUUUUGCAAUUCUACGUAGUGAGCUUUCUGUUAUAUACUCAUCAACUGAAUUUCAUAAGGUUAUAAACAUUCAUGAACUUUGGAUGUAUCUCAAAUCUACUGGCUUAUCAGAUAGCCUACCUCAGGUUACAAAAUUAGCAUCAUUGAUUGUAACCAUUCCAGCAACAAAUGCAGGUGCUGAAAGCUCAUUUUCCUGUUUAAAAAGAAUAAAGACACAUCUCAGAAACUCCCAGUCCCAAAAUAGACUUUCAGAUCUGUCUCUUUUGACAAUUGAGAAACGAUUGUUGACAACAAUUCAAAACCAAAAUUAAUUUUAUGAUAAUGUAAUUGACGAUUUCACUAAAAAAAUAAGAAUCAAUUUGAUGUAUAAAUAAAAUAUUUUUAUUAUUUAUGAUAUGUUUUUUUUAAGUAAAAUUGUAAAAUGUAUAACUAAAUUAACUGCAUGUACCAGUGUAGAAGGAGGGAGGGUAAUUAAUAUGUACCAGUGCUUACGCUCACUCACAACCCACGCCACGCCACUGCUGAGUAGUAUUAGUAUACCUACUACUUAUUAGUCUGUACUCCGUAUUCAUUAUAUGGACUGAUUUUGUAAAAAAAGGAACAUUAUUUGUAACACGCCCACUUAUUGAAUGAAAAUGUAUGUAACGUGAUAAAAGUUAUGUCAGGUAAUGUAAAUGUAAUUUAAAUAAAAAUAUUUAAUAUAACGUGUAACGUAAUUUUAUUAAUUUUGAAAAGUAAUUACCCAACACUCCACUUAGUAAUAUAACAUUAUUCUCAAGAACCAUUGAAUUAUAAGAAAAGUUAUCGAUGAGUGUUAUAAAAAACACAAGUAUUGAUUAUACAGAUGGGAGGACGACAACAAAUAAGAAUGGCAUCUGGUUGAGUUAUAAAAAUUAUUAACGAACAAUUACCCAAAUUAUUUAUUAAAAUAAACGUAAAUUAGGCGUAUGACAAUGGAUAAACUAGAUUAGGCUAUUUAUUGAAAGACAAAAUCUAAAACAACGAUUUGUGAUCAGACACUUUAAAAACUGUUAGGUUUGAUUGGUUAAAUUUAAAAAUUUAAAUUUAAAUUCAAUUAAAAGAUGGGGAAAUUAAUGAGUCAACUACUUAGCUUAUUCACUAAUAAAAAUACAUUAAUAAAUAGAAUAAAUAUUAGCUUUUUAAGAUAAAAUAAAAUAAACUAAAUUAUUAAUCAAUAAAUUAUAUGAAAAUUUGUA